CUAUCCAUCAUGUUCAGUAGUCUUCGGAGAGUUUUCAAUUAAAGCCAUGGCGACCAGAGCUUUGCUUGCCGUUCUAUCUGCUUCACCACCACGCAUGAUCAGAAUCAAAGUCUCAACCUUUCCUUCUUCGUCUUCUUCUUCAAGUAUCAAGUUCCAAAGACAUAUUACAAUAGCUCGAUGCUUCUCGUCGGACACGAACCCCUCCGUUCUUCAGCCGCCGGACGUAUCCCGUCUAGCUGAGACAGCUCGAAUCUCUCUCACCCCAUCCGAGAUUGAGGAAUGUGGAGCUAAGAUUCGUCAAGUCAUCGACUGGUUUGGUCAGCUUCAGCAAGUCGAUGUUAGCAGUGUGGAGCCAGCGAUUAGAGCAGAAAUGGAAGGUGGGAAUUUGCGAGAGGAUGCUCCAGAAACAUUUGAGAACAGGGAAAGUAUAAGAGCUUCGAUUCCAAGCUUUGAUGAGGUGUAUUUGAAAGUACCUAAAGUACUAAACAAAGAGUGACUUUUUUUUGUCAGCUUCUUCGGGUGUGGCUGAAGAGAUUCAUUCUCAGCUCCGGUUAUUGUUCCACCAUCUCUUUGUUUUCUUUAAAAAAAAAAAACUGGUUAGGAGAGAGCAAAGCUUGCUCUACAUUAUCAAGUCUCGCGUAGUCUAUUACUCUACAACAUGGUGAUACUUUAUAAUCUCAAUCCAUCCAUUUCGAUCGGUGAUCGUUUUUAAACC